GACGUGACCUCACGUAAUUGCGUCAGAGGUGAAAGGUCGUGAGUCUGACAGCGCCACAUGUAUAUUGUUGUGUUGUUGAUGCUGGACAUUUAAAAGGUUUUAUUUCUUCAAGGUGUCUCUUCUCGCCUUUGGGUCCAGACUCAGGUUCAGUGUGUGUUCUCCGUCCUGUCCUGAGGUGACAUGAGGAACCUGAAGCUGCUGAAGAGCCUGCGCAGCUCGGAGCUGCAGGGUCCAGGCUCCCCGCAGUUUUUCUCUGUGCGGGCCGACACCGGCUCACUGCUGGUUGCCUCUCAGUACUCCAUCACAGAGUAUGACCCCCGGACUGGCCAGGUGGUCAGUGAAGCCUCGCUGACAGCGGAUGGUUUCCUCCCGGAGGAUGGCAGCGGUGUGGUGGUAGGACUGCAGGACCUGGCUGAACUCGAGUCGGCGUGUUUGGCCACAGCUGGUGGUGACGUCGUCCUCUUCAACCUCAACACGUGCCAGUUGGAGUGUGUUGGCAGUGUGGACAGUGGUCUAACAUCGAUGAGCUGGAGUCCUGAUGAGGAGCUCGUCAUUCUCACCACCGGUCAGGAAACAAUCAUCAUGAUGACCAAAGACUUUGAACCGAUCACUGAGGUCGGAAUCCACCAGGACGACUUUCGGUGAAGGUACAGUGGCUCUAAAUGGACUGUGCUCAGAUC